GUAUACCUCCAACGUCUGCGGGCGCGAGGGGUGUCGGGUGUCGGCGGCGGCGCUUUGCGGCUAGUCGUGCGGGUCGGGCGCGGGCGGGCGGGCGCGGCGGCAGUGGCGCGCACAGGUGAUUGACUGGCCAGCUGGCUGAGGGAUCGCCUGGUCCCCAUUGCUGGCAGGUGGCGGAGCCCAUUUGGGCGGCGGCAGCGGCAGCAGCAACAGCAGCGACGGCUCGGCUCGGGAGGCGCUCUUCGGGCCAAGGCCAUGGCCCCGCGGCUGCAGCUGGAGAAGGCGGCCUGGCGCUGGGCGGAGACGGUGCGGCCCGAGGAGGUGUCGCAGGAGCACAUCGAGACCGCGUACCGCAUCUGGCUGGAGCCUUGCAUCCGCGGCGUGUGCAGACGAAACUGCAAAGGAAAUCCGAAUUGCUUGGUUGGGAUUGGUGAGCAUAUUUGGUUAGGCGAAAUAGAUGAAAAUAGUUUCCAUAACAUUGAUGAUCCCAACUGUGAGAGGAGAAAAAAGAACUCAUUUGUGGGCCUCACUAACCUUGGAGCUACUUGUUAUGUCAACACGUUUCUUCAAGUGUGGUUUCUCAACUUGGAGCUUCGGCAGGCACUAUACUUAUGUCCAAGUACCUGUAGCGACUACGUGAUGGGAGAUAGUAUCCAAGAGGAGAAAGAUUAUGAACCUCAGACAAUUUGUGAGCAUCUCCAGUACUUGUUUGCCUUGUUGCAAAACAGUAACAGGCGAUACAUCGAUCCGUCGGGAUUUGUUAAAGCCUUGGGCUUGGACACAGGACAACAGCAGGAUGCCCAAGAAUUUUCAAAGCUAUUUAUGUCUCUUUUGGAAGAUACUUUGUCUAAACAAAAGAAUCCAGAUGUGCGGAACAUUGUCCAACAGCAAUUCUGUGGAGAAUAUGCUUAUGUAACUGUUUGCAACCAGUGUGGCAGAGAGUCUAAGCUUUUAUCAAAGUUUUAUGAACUGGAGUUAAAUAUCCAAGGCCAUAAACAGUUAACAGAUUGUAUCUCGGAAUUUUUGAAGGAAGAAAAAUUAGAAGGAGACAAUCGAUACUUCUGUGAAAACUGUCAAAGUAAACAGAACGCAACAAGGAAGAUCAGACUCCUCAGCCUUCCCUGCACCCUGAACUUACAGCUGAUGCGCUUUGUCUUUGACAGGCAAACUGGACAUAAGAAAAAGCUGAAUACCUACAUUGGCUUCUCAGAAAUUUUGGAUAUGGAGCCUUAUGUGGAACAUAAAGGUGGGUCCUAUGUGUAUGAACUGAGUGCAGUCCUUAUACACAGAGGAGUGAGUGCUUAUUCUGGCCACUACAUUGCCCAUGUGAAAGAUCCACAGUCCGGUGAAUGGUAUAAAUUUAAUGACGAAGACAUAGAAAAGAUGGAGGGGAAGAAAUUACAACUAGGGAUUGAGGAAGAUCUAGCAGAACCUUCUAAGUCCCAGACACGUAAACCCAAGUGUGGCAAAGGAACUCACUGCUCUCGAAAUGCAUACAUGUUGGUGUAUAGACUACAAACUCAAGAAAAACCCAACACAAUUGUUCAGGUACCAGCCUUUCUUCAAGAGCUGGUAGAUCGGGAUAAUUCCAAGUUUGAGGAGUGGUGUAUUGAAAUGGCCGAGAUGCGUAAGCAAAGUGUGGAUAAAGGAAAAGCAAAACACGAAGAGGUUAAGGAGCUGUACCAAAGGUUACCUGCUGGAGCUGGUCUCUCAAAAUGCUUCACAUAUCUUAUCUUUUACAUUCAACAACAUCCCUGUGAGUGGCUACAGAAAUGGUUGGAUGAAUCGACACCCACCAAGCCUAUCGAUAAUCACGCUUGCCUGUGUUCCCAUGACAAGCUUCAUCCUGAUAAGAUAUCAAUUAUGAAGAGAAUAUCUGAAUAUGCGGCUGACAUUUUCUAUAGUAGAUAUGGAGGAGGACCAAGACUAACUGUGAAAGCCCUGUGUAAGGAGUGUGUGGUAGAACGUUGUCGUGUGUUACGUCUGAAGAAUCAACUAAAUGAAGACUAUAAAACUGUCAAUAAUCUGCUAAAAGCAACAGUAAAGGGCAAUGACGGGUUUUGGGUAGGGAAAUCUUCCUUGCGCAGCUGGCGCCAGCUGGCUCUCGAGCAAUUAGACGAACAAGAUGGGGACGUCGACCAAAGCAACGGGAAGAUGAACGGCAACACCUUAAAUAAAGAGGAAUCAAAAGAAGAAAGGAAAGAAGAGGAGGAGGAAUUAAAUUUUAAUGAAGACAUUCUGUGCCCACAUGGGGAGUUAUGCAUAUCUGAAAACGAAAGACGACUUGUUUCUAAAGAAGCUUGGAACAAACUGCAACAGUACUUUCCAAAGGCUCCCGAGUUUCCAAGUUACAGAGAAUGCUGCUCACAGUGCAAGAUUUUAGAAAGAGAAGGGGAAGAAAAUGAAGCCUUACAUAAGAUGAUUGCAAACGAGCAAAAGACUUCUCUUCCGAAUUUGUUCCAGGACAAGAACAGACCAUGUCUCAGUAACUGGCCAGAGGAUACAGAUGUCCUGUACAUUGUGUCACAGUUCUUUGUAGAAGAAUGGCGGAAAUUUGUCAGAAAACCCACAAGAUGUAGUCCCGUGUCAUCGGUUGGAAACAGUGCUCUUCUGUGCCCCCAUGGGGGACUCAUGUUUACAUUUGCUUCCAUGACCAAAGAAGAUUCUAAACUUAUAGCUCUCAUAUGGCCCGGCGAGUGGCAAAUGAUUCAAAAGCUCUUUGUCGUGGAUCAUGUAAUUAAAAUCACAAGAACUGAAGUGGGAGAUGUAAACCCUUCAGAAACACAGUAUAUUUCUGAGCCAAAACUCUGUCCAGAAUGCAGAGAGGGCUUAUUAUGUCAACAGCAGAGGGACCUACGUGAAUACACUCAAGCCACCAUCUACGUCCAUAAAGUUGUGGAUAAUAAAAAGGUGAUGAAGGAUUCAGUUCCGGAGCUGAAUGUGAGUAGUUCUGAAACAGAGGAGGAUAAGGAAGAAGCUAAACCAGAUGGAGAAAAAGAUCCUGAUUUUAAUCAAAGCAAUGGAGGGACGAAGCGGCAAAAGAUAACCCAUCAGAAUUACAUAGCCUAUCAAAAGCAAGUCAUUCGGCGCAGUAUGCGACAUAGAAAAGUCCGUGGUGAGAAAGCACUUCUUGUUUCUGCUAAUCAGACACUAAAAGAAUUGAAAAUUCAGAUCAUGCACGCGUUUUCAGUUGCUCCUUUUGACCAGAAUCUGUCAAUUGAUGGAAAGAUUUUAAGUGAUGACUGUGCCACCCUCGGCACCCUUGGCGUCAUUCCCGAAUCUGUGAUUUUGUUAAAGGCCGAUGAACCGAUUGCAGAUUAUGCUGCAAUGGAUGAUGUCAUGCAAGUGUGUAUGCCAGAAGAAGGGUUUAAAGGUACUGGUCUACUUGGACAUUAAUCUUUUGGACACUUGCUGACUUCUGAGAAAUGACCAGAAGGGAAGAGAGACGUUUGACAUAUGUUAGGGCAUUAACGAAACGAUGGAUUUAAGAAUUAAACCAUUCUGUGACUCUUCCAAAAGGCAGAAAACUAUUCUGAAGUGACUGUCCCAAAUGCCUUAUGUCAAAUAAAGCAGAUUGCACUGACGGACAUCAGACUUGAAGGAAAUGUUUCAAAUUUUAUAUUUAAGAGAGGGUGGCGGGCGGGCGGGGCAAGUAAAGACGGAACCGGUUUAGUAGCAGUAACAGUAAAUCAUGUUUACAUAUGAGAUUUAUAGUCACGGGAGGGAAUAAAGUUCUGUUAUAUUUCCCUGCUCGCACUUCAUACCAGAUGCAUUGGUCCAUAAAGGAUUUGUAUCACAGUAGAUGGGACAACAUUCUGCUCUGAACUAAAAAGUAAUUCUUUAGAGACAUAACCUGCUUACCAAUACCUGUCUUUGAUUCAUAUUUUACUUUGAAUAAAGCAUGAAAGUGAAGAAACUUGC